GGUCAGGCCGGGCUUCACGACGUUUCAAUGACCACCGUGCAUCAACAACCGCCGGUGUUCUAGCACGACUCGCCGCUGCUCCGGCAAGCCCUCCGCCGGCUCCUCCGCCACCGCUGCAGCGCGUCACUCGGUCCUCUUCAGGGAAAACUACCACCACCUGCCGACGCGUCUCGCACCGUAUGACCGUCUCAAAGAUGACAUGGCGUCCUCAGUACCGCAGCUCCAAGUUCCGCCACGUGUUUGGUAAGGCCGCCAACAAGGAGAGCUGCUAUGAUGGCGUGCCAAUCACACGCAGCGUCCAGGACAACAACUUCUGUGCGGCCAACCCACGUUUCCUGGCAGUCAUCACUGAGUGUGCCGGGGGAGGGGCCUUCCUGGUCCUGUCUGUCCAUCAUACGGGCAAAGUGGACCCUCACCACCCCAGAGUAUCGGGCCACAGAGGGAACGUGUUAGACAUCAAGUGGAAUCCCUUCAAUGACUGCUGCAUCGCCUCUGGCUCAGAGGACACGACGGUGAAAGUGUGGGAAAUCCCUCCCCAUGGUAUGCUGAAGAACAUUACAGUACCGUGGAAGGAGCUUCAAGGUCACAGCCGCAGAGUGAGCCUCAUUGAGUGGCACCCAACCGCUAACAACAUCCUCUUCAGUACGGCCUAUGACUACCAGAUAAUGAUCUGGAACCUGGACUGUUCAGAGCAGGUGAUCAAGAACCCUGUGCGGACCAUCAGCCACCACACGGAUGUGGUCCUGUCCAUGUCCUUCAACACAGACUGCAGCCUCCUCGCCACCACCUGCAAGGACAGGAAGGUCCGACUGAUGGAGCCGCGCUCAGGAAACCUACUGCGGGAAGCCAACUGCAAGACGCACAAAGCCACUAAGGUGCUGAUCUUGGGUAACAUGAAGAUGCUCCUCACAUCGGGCACUUCACGCUGGAAUGAUAGACAGAUAGCCCUGUGGGAUCAGGACGAUCUGUCUGUGCCUUUGUUAGAAGAGAACCUGGAUGGUUCGUCGGGAGUCCUCUUCCCUUUCUACGACCCUGACACACACAUGCUCUACCUUGCUGGGAAGGGUGAUGGGAAUAUCAGGUACUACGAGAUCAGCUCAGAAAAACCAUACAUCCACUACCUAACAGAGUAUCGCUCGCACUUACCUCAGAAAGGAAUGGGUGUGAUGCCAAAGAGAGGCCUGGAUGUUAGCUCCUGUGAGGUGUUCAGGUUCUACAAACUGGUGACAAUCAAGAGUCUCAUUGAGCCUCUAUCCAUGAUCGUACCCCGCAGGUCGGAGUCGUACCAAGAAGACAUCUAUCCGAUGACAGCUGGUAACAAGCCUGCUUUGACUGCUGAGGAGUGGCUCAGUGGCAUUGACAAAGGCCCCGUGUUGAUGUCUCUGAAGCCUGGAAGUCAAGUAGCAGAGUCAUAUUCAGAGAUGAGCAAAGGGCUGGGAAAUUCACUGGACACUCGCAGGUCUCAGAGCAGACCAGGCAUGCUACAGCUGGCAUACAUUCAGGACAAACUGGGAACCAAAGACAGCAGAGAGGAAAGCAGCCAUGCAGAGGACAACAGGAGUCGGAGGCCAGUUAGCAAUGGAGAAGACCUCACACUUUGCUCUCCUCCAAGGACAGAGAACGAGUUACGUCUCAAGUUUCACAAGCAGCAGGAGGAAAUCCGACGCCUGAGGGAGCUCCUCAACCAGAGAGACGUGCGCAUCAAACAGCUGGAGCUGGAGAUUAAGAACAUCAAAAACUACCAAUCUCAGAGCUCACUUUAAGAUUUGCCUGACCUGCAGAGUCACUUUCACCUCCUCACGGGACACAUGCAUUACUAUACAAACUUACUAACCCUAUUUUGACACCACCACACUCUUUGCAGGGUCCUGACUCAUCUGUUUUCCUCUGAUAAGUCUCAUUGCACAGGGGUGAUUUAAUCCUCAACUUUGUUUGCAGUCUGUCAUUUUGUCAAUUUUACACAAGGUGCACAUAGUCUUUGUUCAUGUACAUACACUUAAACACUGAGACUUACCCAGCUGUAACAUGUUUUAAAACUUUUUGCACCUUUUGACCUUUCCCCCGUUUUUUUGGUACACUUCACAGCUAUGCAAGUUUAUUGUAAUUUAAAAGUCUUUGCAGGGCAGGAGCAGACAUCAUUUGCAAUUUAUUUUCUAUGCUUUGUGAUUGUUUUUUCUUUUUUUCCAUUAUGUAAACUACUGUAAAAGGAGAUGGCUGUGGUGUUUAACAGACAUGAUGUGUGCUUGAAUGAUAGUGAGCUAAAUGAAUGACAAUAUCAAGAUCCCAGCUGUGUUCUGCCAUUCCAUUGAACUGAAUUUGUUCUUGUUUUUUUUAUGUUUAUUUUUUAAUGACUGGAAAAUUGAUGACAAAUCAAUCUGUUUUAUAGCAGCUAUUGUGUAAGCCAAUUCUGUAACUGAUGCCAUGUAGCAGUUUUGAUCUUAAUUUUUAUAUUUACUUUAGAAUACAGUCAAGGAAAAUAGCAUCUAAUCAAGUACUUGAAUUGAAAUUUGUAAUUUUGGUAAAUACGGCACACAAACUGUUUAAAGGCUGCUUGCUUUUUCCUGAUGUAAAGUCACUGUGAAGAAACAGUUUAAAGCCAUUGUAGAGCCUGAGUACUGCACCACUUUAGAGUUAGCUUGUGUUCCACUACUGUAGCUUUCGGUUUUUAAUGUAUUUUCCCAUAGAGUGCCUUUGUAUUUCUCUUUGUUAAAAGAUAAUAUGUGAUACUGGGGUUUUCUGUUCAUAUUUGAAACUAAAAGGAUAUCUACUACAGUACUGGGCAGUAGAGUAUGAGUAACCCAUGGCUCUGAUGAGGUUGCGUUAUCAGGAGCAGCAGAGAUGAUGUAAACCCCAUUGGAGCUCAUUAUAUUGAGAAUGUGUUUCUAAUAUUUUGUCCACCCCAUUUAAAUACAUGAGGGGGACAAAAUAUGGUGUACCUAAUAAUAAAGUGGCCAGCGAUUGUAAAUAUCUUUACUAUUGGAGAUUUUGCCCCACUGUUUAUUCUGUGGAAGCAAUUCCUUGAAUAUUUUAGCCAUGCGAGUAGCUACGUUUCAGUUAUCCAGUGAAAUGUCUCAACAUCCUCUAGAUAGAUUGUCACGAAAUGUGGUACAGACAUUCAUGUUUCCCAACCAUGUAUCCUAAUGAUUUUCGUUAUCCCCUGAAUUUUACUGUAGCGCUACCGUGAAGUUGACAUUUGUUGAUUUGAGUCCGUUGUCUCUAGAGCUAGUACGUGGCUUACCAUCAAAUUUGGGACAUUUUGUAUUAUUUUGGGACAUUAAUGUCUCCCUCUGGAUAAACUGUAAGCGCUUUGGUGACCCUUUAACUUUAUCAGGCGGCCUCACCAGGCCAAAAUUUUGACUUGUUCGAUGCUAUGGUUUUUGACCAAACUAAUGACAUUCCCAUCAGCCUCAGGUGUACUGUGUUUAGUGGUAAUUUGCUAUUGUAAGCAUGCUAACAUGCUAAUCUAAUGUUGUAAACAUGGCAAACAUUAUACCUGUUAAACAUUAACAUUUUA